AGUCAGGCAGCCACGUGAAAAGCUCUUGCCACUCCCCGAGGCCGGUUUUCUGGCCUUUGUACUCCGACUACUCGAUCCCUCCCUCUCCUCGCGGACUCGAGGUCUACUGUCUACCGGACGCACCCUGACGACCUUUACUGACCACAGCGACAUGGCCUGGCGUAACCAAGGAGUCACCGGCUCCAACAACGUCCCUCUGGGCCGGAGACGGUUCGGAGGCGACGAGGCCCCCGAGGACGAGAGUCGCACCGCGACACCGGCCUCUGCGGCUGGGGACAGCGCCUACAAGCGCGGUCGCAGCCCUGUCCGAGCUGAGCCUCCCGCGGACGGUGUCAAGAAGCGCAAGAAGCGCAACCGCUGGGGUGAUGCGCAGGAGAACAAGGCUGCCGGUCUCAUGGGCUUACCCACAAUGAUCAUGGCCAACUUCACCAACGAACAGCUGGAGGCGUAUACGCUGCAUCUGCGUAUCGAGGAGAUCAGCCAGAAGCUGCGAAUCAACGACGUGGUUCCAGCGGACGGCGACAGAUCUCCCUCCCCUCCUCCCCAGUACGAUAACUUUGGCAGACGUGUAAACACAAGGGAAUACCGGUAUCGGAAGCGUCUCGAGGACGAGCGCCACAAGCUCGUCGAGAAGGCGAUGAAGACCAUUCCUAACUACCACCCGCCCUCUGACUACAGACGUCCCACUAAGACUCAGGAGAAGGUCUACGUGCCUGUGAAUGACUAUCCAGAGAUUAACUUCAGUAUGAUAACUAACCCUCUAACUCCUAACCGUUGUUGCGUACUCUGUAUUCCUACUUGACCUCUGUGCUCGAGUCGGGCUUCUGAUGACGACGUCGCCCGCCGUGGCGAUGGGAUUCUCCAGCUCGCUUCUUGCUAACCCUCUUGCUGCUUGAUGUUGCACUCUGCUCCUUUGC